AAGCCAUCCAUUAUGCUAUUCUUCUCCAAGUUUAACUCCUCAACAAUCUUCACCAACCAUUUUCUCUUCACCUCUUCACACACUUAAUAUUUCUAUCAUAAUCUCAUCUUUCACAAAAAAAAGUUCAGGGUUCAGCCAUGUUUAGAUCCAUGACAACUCGGAGAGGCCUUGGAAAUGGGAGGUAUGAGAGAUUAGGGAAAGAAUCUGCAACCACAACACUCUUGCAUGAGGAGUUCAAGAGAAGUACAAGCAUGCCUUCUAGAGCAACCAAUACUUCAAGAAAAAUGACUCUAGGUUCAACUUUUGGGGAAAUAAACCUAAAAAGAAACCCUACAAAGAAGGCUAAUAGUAAUAGUAGCAAGAAGAGUCAUCCACUUCUCAACUUCUUGGAUUUUCGUAGGAAAAAGAAAACAACAGCUAGACCUGAAUUUGCAAGGUAUAUUGAGUAUCUUAAGGAAGGAGGCAUGUGGGAUUUGAAUUCCAAUAAACCAGUUAUCUAUUACAAGUGAUACAGCUUGAUUGCUUUGAAUUAAUUUAAUCUUUGUACACUGAAUAUUGUUGGUAUUGUAAGAAAUUGGUCUUGGAUUCUCAUGUCUAGUUAGUACACCCUAAAAAGAGGUGGAAGAUUGGUACCUUUGUUAUUAAUAUUAUUCAUCAAUUUGAUUCAAUUGCAAACAUACUCUCAA